CCGGCACCUGUGGAACCUCCCGAGCUCCCACAGCUCCUUCAGCCGCCCGCGCCUCCCCCGGCGGGGCCGCUCCGCCCUCAGGGCCUUGCGCGGCAGCGGCCCCUGGCGGCGGCCGCGGGCGGUGCGGCCCCCGCAGCCCGGCCAUGGAGGAGGACGAGGCGGGCGCGGAGCCGCGGGGCCUCUCCGGGCGCCGCCGCUCGCCGAGCCCCGGCCGCCUGGACGUGAGCUCCAGCCGCUUCGACCCGCUGCUGGCGCUCUACUCGCCGCGCACGCCGCUGCCCUUCCCCGCCGCGCCCUGCUUCAACAACCUCGCCGCGUACGAGAGCUUCCAGCGCGGCCUGCGCCGCCCGCGCGGCCGCCGCGCCGCCCCCGCCCGCCGCGCCGCGCCCGCCGCCCGCGGGGGCCGCCGGGGCCCGCCCGACCCCGACCCCGAGCGCAUCCAGCGGCUCCGCAGCCUCAUGGUGAACGUGGACCCCGAGCGGGACGCGGCCGAGCGGGCAGCGGCGGCGCGGCGGCGGCAGAGGGUGCCCCGCAAUGUCCUCACCAGGAUGCCCCUCCACGAAGGCAGCCCGCUGGGGGAACUUCAUCGCUGUGUCCGAGAUGGUGUUAAAAUUAACGUUCAUAUCCGCACUUUCAAAGGGCUUCGUGGAGUCUGCACGGGGUUUCUGGUUGCAUUUGACAAAUUCUGGAAUAUGGCCCUGACAGACGUGGAUGAGACUUACAGGAAACCAGUAAUGGGCAAAGCUUUCUAUGCAGAACCUCAGCUCACACUGACCCGACUGUUUGACAGACUCAAACUUCAGGAGUCCUCGGGGAAGAAGGGAGCUGACUCAAAGACUGUCUCAGAGGAGCUGGCCCUGACAAGUGACUCUCAGACCCUGGGAUCAAAAGCUGGAUCAGGAGAAGGGAGAGCAGAAGAGGAGCACGAGAGGCAGAAACACUCGGGCAGAGCUGGAGAGAAGAAGCCUCCAGGUGACAGUUUGGUUGCCAGAGGUGAAGCUGAUGUGGGCAGCAGGACUGCCCACACAGAGGGUGCCAGUGCUGGUGGCAGCCGUGCACGAAGCCAGUCACGGAGGAAGAGGCGGCCCAAAGUGGAUUAUCAGCAGGUGUUCACACGCCACAUAAACCAGAUUUUUAUUCGAGGAGAGAAUGUCUUGCUUGUCCAUUUAGCACAUUGACUUGGCUGAGCUUUGGUCAGUGUAUUUAUUUGAUAGCAUGACUUGCUGCUGCAGCUCCCAUUGCUGUUUAAAGUUGUCAUUGAGUUUGAUGGUACCGUGGCUGGUUUCCCAUUGCCAUAACAAGGUAGGGGAAGUAGUUGUAAGUAGAGAAUCCUGAGCUUGAUGCCAGAGCAGCUUCCUUAGAUCACUGUUGGGGGUUUCAGGACAAGGUCAGCAAUGGAGUUGUUUCUGUGAUUUGAGGGAGGUAAGCACAGAUCCCACUGCUCCUUAAAAAGAAGCUAAAUGGAGAGGGUUGGAAGAGAAUUUUGGUUAGUCUGUUAUAGGAGCUACUUGUGGCACAUGUUUAAGGAGCUUAAUAUCUCCACCUGCAAUGAAUCAGAAGUGCUCUUUUGCAUGUUCUGAGUAAGCUCAAGAGGAGAUUGCUGAUGAAACCAACAAGUUUAUCUGGUGCUGUUACAUGGAUGUCCUCCUUCCCAGACAUAAUUCUGUCAAUCAUUUUGAAAUAGUUUGUAAAAAGGUGGAGUGACAUACUACUGAUGGCUAUGACCCUGUGUGAUGGAAAACCUCUUAACUGAAAACUGCUCUUCUAAUGUGAGUGAUGGCAGGACUGUAAUUUGUUUUCCAUAUCAAAGCUUGGGCUUCUCUUUGUAGUGCUGUGCUUUGGCCCUGUGUCACCAGCAAGCAGGUGAUGUAGCUGAUCCAGGGGCCUCCAUAUUUGGGGUUUAUCUGUGAAUGCUGUGGAUGCAGAUGGAUAAUUGUACUGUUACAUUUCACCCAUGAACUACUUAGUGUCAUAGUGAAGCUGGCAAAGGUGUAGGGUUUUUCUCGGAUGUGUUUGUGCUGAGCACACUUGUACUGUAUCUAAGAGCCUUUCAAGCUCUCUAUUGAAACUAGAGGUGCUGUGUCUCCAGCAGUUCCCAUGGAGCAGAAAUCUUAUGGGUCUUUCCUAUCCAUGUGAAUGAUGCAUCAUCUAAUUCCAGUUGAACUGAGCUUCAGAGGUGUGCCUGAAAAUGUUUUGAAGUAUAACAGUCAAACUCAACACAUCAGUGUUUUAUUUUAACAAGACUAUUAAACUAUUGUACAUCAGGCCAGGGUUCUGCAGGUACAAACUGAUUUCCAGGAGAGUCACGUGGAGAAGUUUCAGGGUAAAUGAAGCUGUUACGUUAUCUAGUCUGUUCCCUUCAUUGUCCAAGGACACUAGAAUUCAUGCUGCUAUUCCUGUAUUCAUCUCAACUGCCUCAUGCUUUGCAGCAGCUCCGUGUGUUUAAGGUGAAGUUGGAAAAUUGCUUUAUAUCAGGUCUUGUAUUGCUUAUAGGGGCCAUAAGUUCUCAAACUGAGUGACUGUUCUGUGGGUGACGUAGAUGUCUGUUGGUGCAAAUGCAGCAUUCUGCUUGCUUGUCAUUAGGGAGAUGUCUGGUGUUUGGGUGAAUCACAGAAAUCAUUUAGCAGGAGUUUCUGGACACACAAAGCAGCUGUUUUUGCCUCUGGGGGAGCCAGAAAUUCUGUCAACAUUUCACGUGAUGGGGGGUUUGGACAGCUGAUGAGCUGAGCCACUGAGCUGCAAACCCAAGUUCAGCCUGGGACAGAAGUGCCUCAAAAUAAAAAAGUAUGUUGAGGCAAAACAGUUUCAUCAAGAGCAAAAAAGAAAAAAAAAAAGUGAAAUACUAUCUACAGCUUCUUAUUAUACAUUACUUUAUUGGAAUCCCUUCUCACUAUGAACUGAGACCAAGAACUGAAAAGAUUCUUCUCUCGGAGGUUCUUCUUUCCCCUCCCUCUGUAGUGUUCUUCUUUGUGUUCAUGUGCUCUGCAGUUUUUCCCUUUUUUGAUUCCCCCCUCUCCUGUUGGUACUUUGACUCCUCAGGCUGUUCUAAACUCUGGUUUAUGAAGACUGUUCUUGUGUUCAUCCCUAGUUGUUCUGGCUUUCUGAACCUUUCUUGGUUGGCUUUCUGUGUGGUUCCCAACUAAUCAGAACCCUCACAAUUUACUGGAAACAUGAGAAGCUAGAAACAAGGUGCUUAUUUCUGCUCCUGACUUCCCAGCAGCUUUUAUUGCGAGUGAAUAUUUUCUUCAUUCUGUUUUUGGGUGUGGGUUUAUUUUCCCCUCUGUUUUCUGACAGCUUUGUUUUUAUUUCAGCUGCUUAGGAUGACUCCUCUCAGCCUUUUCCAUUCAUGCCAAGGGCUACUGGUUUUGACCUCUCCUCUUUCCUUCAUAUUUGCCCAAAGGAUGUCAUAUUACCCUCAGGCCUGUGUACUCUGACACCUAAUUGAAUUCUUGCUUUUCUUUACCUCAUGAAUUCUGUUUGUCUGCUUUGUAUUGCCUUGAGCAUUAAACAAGAUACAGCUGCCAUGAAUGUUCUUGUGGUUGUCCUGCCCUGCUUCCUUGUUGAUUGACACUUCCCCAAGUUCUCAGUUGCUACUGGAAGUCUCAGCAUUCUCCUUUAAUCAGAAGUUUUUCUCUGAAACCUUGCAGGUAUUUGUUGCUUUACAUCUACAAGUUUCUUUGUUUACAUUUUAUGAAAAGUACUGGUGCUUAGACUUGCAUUUGUGCCUUGAUUUUUGUAUCAUCCCUGACCUGUUCUUCCAGAGUCACCACCUUGGUCAGCAAACCUGGUUAAAAACUAUACUUUGUCUACUUUUUUUGUGCUACCUCAUUAUUAAAAUGUUCCUUCUCUUAUCUGUGAAGUUGGUUACAAUUCUCUCUUCCAAUUUAGAUUUAAUGGCUUAUUUGUUGGUUCUUCAUUUGUUUCCUACUUUCCUGUCCACCUUUCUCCUUAUUUCCAAGCUGCUUCCUAAAUACAGAUGCCUCUUCUACAACUCCAGAUCUUCCAAAAUGUCUUCCUUUUCCCACUUUUUCUGUCAUUAAAGCGCAUUAUUAAAAUGCUGUUUUACAGAUUUUGUCUCUUUCAAACAUCAUGAUUGUGAUUAAGCAAGUGAUCCUGUAUGUGUGUUGUCACUUGCAUGUUUAAUACUUCAGAUAAUGUUGCUCUUUAAAUAAAAUUGAAUGUCAUGUUCUGAAAUGAUUUUUUCUACCUCACCUGAGUAUUCACAUAAAUCUGUUUAUUAAAAAAAAAACAAACCCUUGGAAACAUGUGAGCUUUGGGGAUUUUUUGUUGUUUCUGGGUUUUUCUUUCCAUAUUUUUCCUUUUCCAAACUCAGCAUCAAAUUUUUGUUCAAAAAGCUGUCUGCUCCCAGCCCUCCCUCUCCUGGUUGCAGUGUCACAGAGAUGCUGUGAGCAAAGACACACCAAAGGAGUAGGAGCAGGAGGCAGUCCUGGGAGGAGAGUGAAAAAGCCUUGGGCAGGUAUGAGGAACCUCUGAAAAGGAUCCACCAGUUAGUUCUCUGUCCCGUAUUUCUAGGACUUUGCUCAUCCUGGUGCUCAGUGGUAGUUCCUAAAGUGUGUUUGUGGUGAGGUACUGAAUUAUAGGGAACAGUUUUCUGAACUGACUUUGAAGGAGUGCUGGGAUAAUUUGAUAAAUUUUUAGGAUGAUCUCUGAAACAGCAGACAAAUACAAAACUUGUGAAAUGUUGCGCUACCAGGUGCAGAAAUGAUGUAAUGCCAUAGUCUUGGAACGUGAUGUCCCACAGAUAUCUCUUGGUGUCAUUGUGUAUCUUUCCAUUCCCAACACAGUCCAGCAGGGAGCCAAGUCUCACUUUUAACAGUGCCAGUUUUAUUUGUAUAGUGAAAUGGUUUUGCCCAGUUUUUACUGAACACUUCUUAAACAGGGCUGUGGUAGUAGAAGAGGUAAAAGGCAAGGGAAAAAAGGAGCUUUUAAGAAAGUGUGGUUUUAGUUCCUUCUCUCAACUGACUUGUCCAGCUUGUUAAUUGCCUGGAAGUUUUUUUCCUGAUCUAGAGAGGUACUUAGCAUGUCCUCCCCAGUGAUUAAUGAAUUAAUCAGUGAGUGCUGUUUUCCAUCUGCUUCUUGUCCUUCAGUUUUUGGAUUUGUGGUUUCUUUUGCAGCUUUCCCUCAGCAGGGCAAGGUCUCGGCAGGAAUAAACCUGACUGCCUGCUGAUUUCCCCCUCCCUAAGGAAUGUUAGCCCACCUAGUGUUGAAUCCAGAUAGCCUUUCCCUAUUCUUGAUUUUCAUAGUGUUCUCUUCACACUUUUGGAAUUAUUUGGUCAGAAGAAUUAUUUACUUUGGGUAAUACUUCCAAUAAUUUGGAAGUAUACUGAAAAAUUUUUGAAAAAUAAUUUUGUUACUUAUUUUCCUUCCCACAGUGCUAGGUUUUCUUUGUUUGCUGUUGCAGCCACCCACUUGCACCUGUGAAUCACUGUGGGUGAAGAGGUGUCCAGGAAAAGAGAGGCAGAGUAAAAAAGGUGUCUAAUUCUUAUUGAAUGUGACGUUCUGUCCAACAUGCUGCCCACACUCACCCUUUCUGUUUCUGACUGGCACUGACCUAAAGGACACAGUGGAAACUGAUUUCAUCCAGGAUCUUGAAGGAAAAUGGAGAGGCAGCAAGGACAUCAAACUGGAAGCACUGAGUUUAUCUCUAGGUGAACUUCCCAUCUCUGAUCAAACAAAUCAGAGUUAUAACUACCAAAUUACACUGCAAGCUCUGCCACUGGAUAAAACUGAAAAGGCACAGUAUUGCACCUUUUCAGGGGUGAUGCAGUGAUUCCCUCAGCCAGGCAAGCUCUUCCCUGAGAAGCUGCUGAGGUGUAUGCCAGUGUCUGCCUCAGAGCAUAACUCCAAAAUACUGCCAAUUAAUAUGAAGAUUUUUGUCUCCUGCCUGCACUGCCAAGUGUAAAACAUAAAUGCUGAGGUCUGCAUCAUCUGCAGCCCAGAACUAUUUCAGUUCAUGCUUUUGCUUCUUGACAUUGGCUUAAAAAUUUGAGGUCUGUACUAUAGCAAUCCUAAGACAGUCUUUGUUAGAACAUUAUGAAAAGCUAUUUCUAGAAAUAGUGUUGGAAAACUAAAGUAUUACAGAAUUUGUGGAAUUCUUACUGUAAUUCAGAUAUUGCAAACCAGGAAAGGCUGAGAGAACUGAGAUUCUCUCAGCUGAGAGAAUUAGGGGUGACCUAAUUGCAGCCUUCCAGCACCUGAAGGGAGCCUACAAGAAGGAUGGAGAGAGACUGUUUACAAGAGUAUGUAGUGAUAGAACAAGGGGGAAUACCUUCAAAUUGACAGACAGUAGGGUUAGAUUACAUAUUAGGAAGAAAUUCUUUACUGUGAGGGCAGUGAGACACUGGCACAGGUUGCCCAGAGCAGCUGUGGAUGCCCCAUCCCUGGAAGUGUCCAAGGCCAGGUUGGAUGGAGCAAUGUGGGAUAGUGGAAGGUGUCCCUGCCCAUGGCAAGAUGGAAUGAGAUGUUCGUUUAGGUCCCUUCCAACCCAAACCAUUCUGUCAUUCUGUGAAAUAUGGAGAAAACUGUUACUGUAUAACAGCAUCAUUUGCUGGCAUCUUUUUUACUUCUUAGUAGCAGAAAAAAACAAACCCUUUGGGAAAGGGCAGUCCGAUGGUCCUCCUCUGGAUGGGCACUGCAGGAUUGGUGCACUUGAUGGAGACUUUUCUUGAUGGAAAAAAAAAGGUGUGUAAUUUCCUGUCAGUACAUUAUCCCAACUAUAGCCUUUCAUGGCAGGCUGAAAGUGAGAAAGCAGGUAAAGAAAGAGGAGUGAAGAGGAAUUACUCAGUUGGUGAUAACUCCUGACAUGGGAAGUAGCUUUCUAGCUGGUGGACUCGGGCACAGUCAGGCCAGCACUGGGCAGUUGUGCUCUGUAGAGGAAAGGAGGAUGCAGAGACAGCCCUUGAGUGCAGCAUCCCUUGUGCUGUGAGCCUUUCACAGCACAGGAACUGCCCCUGGAGUAUCUGCCAGGCUCCAUCGCUAAAAACUGGCACGUUUGAUCCUACCUUUAAAAUUUUGCACAGGAAACCCAGAGGGAGAAAAAACAAGUAAGCAAAUUUGUCCUGUCGAGGCAGGGAUGGAGGAGACUUGGUUGUCCUUGUUGGCCUCCCAGGGGUGCAGGAGAAAGGACAACUUUAUGGAGAAAUAGCAGAGAUGUUUGUCUGGUGAUGUUUACAAGUCCUUUUAGAUGUCACUAAGUGCUCUUGCUCUUAGCUGUUGGCAGGGAAGGCCUGUCAGGGAAGGAAAAUGCCUUCUGAUGUUCCUGGAUAACUAUCUUAUUAGCUUCUGGCUUCGUAGCAUACACUUGGAUGACUUUGUUGAAAAAAAGUAGUGCACCUGAGACUUUCAGUCAGUCUUGUAUUCGUUUAGAAUGAAGAAUAGUUUGAUCGGUUUGUGUGAAAACAUAUCCAUCCUGUUUUCCUCUCAAAAGAUCAGUGCUCUCCCUCAGGAAAGAAAUGAAAGCUGCUCCUGUAGCGAUUGCUUCUGAUUUUCACCACUUCAGAGCAAAGUGCAGCUGUGUCAUGGUGUCUUCAGUGAGACACAUCACUCUGAGAGGAGGAAAUGAGAAGCGUUUGGUUUCCCUGAACCUAAACUGGGCAUUAGGAGGGGAGCAGAUACACUGACCUCUUUUCAAAUAGUGCACACAUCCACUGUAGUUUCACAGAUUGAGGACUUGUUGACCAAUCAGUCAUCUAUAGAACUUCCUCAAGGAACCACAGAGGAGCAGCAUGACCUGCCAGACUGACAUGGGAUUGGGAGUCAGAUGCUGACAAAUUCUUAGCUCUCUACUCCUCACUGUGGCCUUGGCAAGUCACCUCCCUCCUCCUCCCUGACGCUCCACAGCUGCAGCACAUCCAAGAGCAAUCCUUGCCUGUGUGGCAAGGAUCUGGGGAGGUGGUAAGUGCUAAGUAUUGUUACUAAAACUAUCCCUGUCAGGCAAUGCAGGUACACCCACCAUCUGCCCUCUCCAGGCACGUGACUGUUAGACUCACACCUCGGCACACGGAAACCGUGCGGGGUAUCAGGUACAACGAUGCACUUCAGUCUUGAAAUUACUGACGUCUUCAAGGACUUCAGUAUCUUGUUUCACAGCUGCAGUUCCAUGUUUGGGUCAGGUGGUGAUAAAUGAGGGUGUAACUCGUUUGUAAUUCCUUCUCUCUCUUCCUAAAUAUUUUGUUUCUUAGGAAGCUGAUGCUGCUAUGAACAUACUGAAUAAUACCGACUUUGCAAUAUUCUGCUUUCCAGAUGUAAAUGUUUAUAUUUAAAAUUGCUAAGACUGCAAUGCAAUAAAUAUAUCCGUGUAACA